AUGGCUUUGAUUUAUUCAAUAGCUAUGAGCCAAGCGCAAAUAUACAGAGCUCAGGCCUUGCUUGGCAAAAUAACCGGAUUGAAUGCUGAGGACAAAAGAGCUUCUAUUGCCUGGAUAGUGUCAAAUUUUGAGGCAUUGUUAGAAUUCAAGAGUAAGCUAAAAAGUUCGUCAAACUUUAAAAACAAACUACAGAUUCAAGUCUUUAUUACCAACAAGCUAACAGUUGGAACUCUGCAGAAAUGUGAUGAGGAUAAUAAUCAAGUUAAACCUUUAAGUGAUUUGAAUGUUGUUUUCGAGGAUGGUGAUGUAACCGGAUUCCUUUCUUCACUACCCAAUAUGAAAAAGAUCCGAAACACAGUUUGGAAUGAUACAAAUAACCUAGACUGGCAAAAACGUAUCGGAACUCAAAAUCACAACGUAAAUACCUUGGAUUCCAUCAGGAUCGAAGGGCUGGACGGCAUCCCAAUUAAAGAAUAUAUAGAUACUUUAAAUAAAAAUACCGCUGACAGUAAUAUCGAGAAAAAAAGAUAG